UUUGCAGGCACUCCUUUUCAGUUUGGCUUGCUCCAGCCUCCAGAAACCUCACAACCCCUCGCCAGCAAUCCGGCCCCGGUCCCUCCCCCAGACACUGAAUCUAAAGGGGGGCGUUGUUGCAGCAGGAAUCCCGAAAUUCUCGAGCCAAAUUUGGUCUUGUUCCGCUCAAAUUGCCUUCCUUUCGCUGUGUUCUUGUGGGCCAUGUCUCUGUACGGCGGGCUCGCCGGAGUUUAUCCGCAAGAGGAGGAAGACCGACACGACGUCCAGAUGGGUGACUCGGACUACGAGGACGACGAGUCGGACCAAUCUACUUCUAAGGCGACAGAAGACACAACCCUUAUGGAUGUGAAGAAAGGGAAGGAUAUACAAGGGAUCCCUUGGAACAGGAUGAACACUACAAGAGACAGGUACAGGCAGGCAAGGUUGCAGCAGUAUGCCAAUUUUGAGAACAUACCUAAUUCCGGAAGAACCUCGGAGAAGGAAUGCACACCAGCAGAGAAAGGCCAACUCUACUACGAGUUUCAGCACAACACAAGAUCGGUGAAAUCUACCAUUCUUCAUUUCCAGUUGAGAAAUUUAGUGUGGGCAACGACAAGGCAUGAUGUGUAUCUUAUGUCAUACUAUUCUGUGCUUCAUUGGUCGGCAUUGACUCGUGAGAAGCAAGAAAUCAUUGAUCUUCAGGGGCAUGUCGCACCAUGUGAGCACCAUGAAAAUUUCUCUGAGGGAUUUUAUCAUACUCAAGUCAGUACUUUGGCUGUGAAAAACAACUUGCUUGUUACUGGUGGAUUUCAUGGCGAAAUAAUAUGCAAGUUUUUGGAUCGUCGAGGAAUAAGCUAUUGUUGUAAGUCAACAAAUGAUGACAAUGGUAUUACUAAUUCUUUGGAGAUAUACGAGAAACCUAGUGGUUCUCUACACUUCUUGGCCUCAAACAAUGAUUGCGGAGUUAGAGACUUCGACAUGGAAAAGUUUCAAAUCUGCAACAACUUCCGAUUUGCUUGGCCUGUCAAUCAUACAUCACAGAAUCCUGAUGGCAAACUUGCUGUGAUUGUGGGGGACAAUCCUGAUGGACUUCUGGUUGAUGCUAAUUCAGGGAAAGUAAGAAGAAUGCAAUCUUCAGUUGCUGACUUAAAAUAUAGAGUCCAUAAUUCAUACAGGCUUAUGCUUGUUUGUUUCUCGCAGACGGUUCAUGAUCUCCGUGGCCAUUUGGAUUACUCCUUCGCAUCAGCAUGGAACCCAGAUGGCCGAACAUUCGCCACUGGAAACCAAGACAAAACAUGCAGGGUAUGGGACAUCAGGAAUCUCUCCAAAUCAGUUGCUGUAUUGGGUGGCAAUAUCGGAGCCAUCAGGUCAAUUCGCUACACUUCCGAUGGGAAGUUCUUGGCGAUGGCAGAGCCUGCAGAUUUUAUCCACAUCUUUGAUGUUGAUAGUGGGUACAGCAGGAAGCAGGAACUGGAUUUCUUUGGUGAGAUCGCUGGCAUAUCAUUCAGUCCUGACACUGAAUCUCUCUUUGUUGGUGUGCAUGAUCGUGCAUACAGCAGCCUCCUCCAGUUCAACCGCCAACGAUUCUACUCAUACCUUGAUUCAGCACUGUGAAGUUGCUACCGGCAGGGAUCUGUGAGUGAGAUCCAGAUCACAGGUUGUAGAAACUAGAAAUGGGUGUAUAUGUUUGGAGGUGGCGUUUGCUUUUGCUGAACAAGGUGUAGAUAUUCAACUAGCCUUUUUUUUCUGAACUGGCUGUAGAUAUUCAGAGCCAUCUUUUCGGAGAUUUGUGCUGUUUCUGUUGCUGUAAUGUUGUUGUACAUAAAGGGCUACUUGAUGAACAGUUUCACGCAAGUUGUUAUCGAUGCAAGCUGGUUUUGGUGUCAAAACCUUCUCGUAA